GUAACUUCAUUUCUCUGUGAAAAAAAGAAAAAGAAAAAAAAAAAAAAAAGCAAACUUUAUUUCAUUUGCAUUUAUCCAUCCAGUGAGCCUGUCUUAUCAUCAUAUUUGAGAAGUUGAAGUGUGUUUGGUUGCUGUGUUAUCACAAUCUGAAUGGCUCUCUCUUUAGCCAUAAACCUUCAUUCUCCUCUUCGCGAUAACCCGCUGCAACUCCAACCUCUUGCUCCGCAAUUUCAUUUUAAAUUCCCGUUACCCUCCGCCCGAAUUCGAUGUUCUUCCUCUUUCAACCAGAUCUCCAUCAAAACCGUUAGGGUUACCCCCAAUAACAACAACAACAAUAACAACCCUUUCGCUUGUCACUUUCACACUGCCCAGUUCGGAGUACAGGAGAGCAACAAAUCAUAUGCAGAAGCUUAUGCUGUGGGACGACACAUUCGUAUGUCUGCUGAUAAAGCUCGAAGAGUAAUCGAUCAGAUUCGUGGACGUCCAUAUGAAGAAACACUUAUGAUAUUGGAACUCAUGCCUUAUCGAGCAUGUGAGGCCAUUCUUAAGAUAGUGUUUUCUGCUGGAGCAAAUGCAAGCAAUAACUUGGGUCUAAGUAAAUCAAGUUUAGUUGUUAGUAAAGCAGAGGUUAACGAAGGGAAAACUUUGAAAAGAGUAAGAGCUCGAGCUCAAGGGCGAGCCAACUCAAUUAAAAAGCGCACUUGUCAUAUAACUAUCACAGUAAAAGGUUUACCUAGCGAGGCUGUCGUGGAAGCAAAUCUCUCUUGAUCCUAUUUGAGACAAAAAAAUAUGUAUCCUCUCCAACUAUUACAUUUGAUGGAAAUUUCUGUUGUUUGAUAUUAUGUAGUUCCUUAAUAAUGGGACUUCUAGAGGAAAUACUAGAGGAGUAUUGAGAAUAUUGUAAGUGUGAUAUGUACUACGGAGAACUCUUUGAAUGUUCAACUGAAUGCUAGAAUGAAAUGUUUUACCAUUGAAAUUUGAAAUUAAUU